ACCUUAAUAUUGAAAAUCUUUUGAAAGUGCUUGGAUGUCAGAUCUUAAAAUUCCAAAAGUUUACCAAACAAUAAUAAAAUAAUAUUCCCGAUACAUUAAAUCUGUAUUUAAACAUUCUAAGAAAAGUGAUAAAAAUUAAAAAAAUUAUAUAAUGGGGAUAGAAAAAAGCCGGCAUAUCAAAAAUUACGAUUGUUGUUUACUAAGGAGUAUAGUAACAAAAUAAGGCAACUGUUCUUAAGGAAUUCAAGGAUGGGUAAUAAAUACUGAAAUUUACAAAACCACCUAAAGAGUAAAUCCCAAUUAAGACAAGGAUACACGUCACAAACUCUUGAGAAAAUAUACCAAAAAAAAUUUGGAAAAAUCUGUGGAGUCGUAAUACCCAUAAAUUUCAGCCCGAAAAUGCUUUUGAGCAACCAGCCGGCGAAUACGAAACCGCAGCAAUCGCCUUCGCCGUCGCAAACGCAGAACUUCAAGUCGAAGUUGCAGCAGCAAAUCGUUUCGGCAGCGGCGGUGGCAGCGGCGAACAUCGCCAACGGGGGCACUCAUCAUCACCAGCAUCAUCAUCACCAUCCGCUGAACAACCAUCAUAAUCACAAUCAGCACAACAUUUCCUUCGCCACGGAUUUCUCAAUUGCGGCGAUUAUGGCGCGCGGCGGAAACGCCCCGAGCAGCCGGGAACCUUCGGAGCGGAGUCUGAGUCCCGCAUCCGUGGAGCGCUAUUCAGGCCAGGAUGUGGACGAUGAUGUUGAUGUUGACGUUGAUGUGGUGGACUGCAGUGACUCGGAAAUGCCGGCGGCAACUGCAGCAGCAAAUGCAACAGCAACAGCAGCGGCUGCAGCGGCAGCAUUGCAGGCGCAACAACAGGCGCGUCAGGCAUUGCGUGUUGCACAGCAACAGCAACAACAACAACAGCAGCAGCAGCAGCAACAACAAAGGCAGCAGACACAUCACCACGCAACGGCAAACAAGCAACAACGCCAACAUCACAAUCAGCACAGCAGCAACAGCAAUAGCAACAACAGCAGCAGCAACCACUGCAACAGCAACGCCAGCAACUCAGGCAACAGCAACAGCAACAGCAAAUCAAGCAGCCAUCGAGGGCGUUCUGCUGCCGCAGUUGGAACCGCUGCCACGCCCUCGCCACCACCGCCCCCGCCCUCGCAAAGUCCCGAGGAACUCGAACGCCUGUCGCCAGAGGAAUCACCAGCCCAGCCCACGCCCAAGAUAGUGGGCUCGUGCAACUGCGACGAUCUCACGCCCGUCCAGUGCCACCUGGAGACCAAGGAGCUGUGGGAUAAGUUCCAUGAAUUGGGCACUGAGAUGAUCAUUACCAAAUCGGGCAGACGCAUGUUUCCCACUGUUCGCGUGAGUUUCUCGGGUCCUUUGAGGCAAAUUCAGCCGGCGGACCGAUAUGCCGUACUUCUGGAUGUCGUACCGCUGGAUUCGCGGCGAUACCGCUACGCCUACCAUCGCAGUUCGUGGCUGGUGGCCGGAAAAGCCGAUCCACCACCCCCCGCCCGUAUUUACGCCCAUCCGGAUUGCCCUCUAAGUCCGGAGGCACUGAGAAAACAGGUGGUCUCCUUCGAAAAGGUGAAGUUGACAAACAACGAGAUGGACAAGAGCGGACAGGUCGUGCUGAACUCAAUGCACCGCUACCAGCCCAGGAUCCACUUGGUGCGUUUGAGCCAUGGCCAGAGCAUCCCCGGCAAUCCCAAGGAGCUGCAGGAUAUGGACCAUAAAACCUUCGUUUUCCCGGAGACCGUGUUCACGGCCGUGACGGCCUAUCAGAAUCAAUUGAUUACGAAACUGAAAAUCGAUUCGAAUCCGUUUGCGAAGGGAUUUCGCGAUUCGUCGCGUCUCAGCGACUUUGAUAGGGAUCCCAUGGAUGCCUUCUUUUUCGACCAGCACAUGCGAACGGCUCCUCUGCGGUUUUUCCCGGACCCACUGAUGUCCCAGUUGACUCCCCAGGAGGCGGAUGCUGCCUCCUUGGCGCUGCUGGAGAAGGCCCGUCAGCACUUGCAGAUGUUUGGUCGAUCGCCGUACACGGAGAUGUUGCUGCCGCAUUUGUACCAGCGAUCGGCGGCACCGCCCCCGCCCCCACAGGCCCCGCACCUCAGCGCCUUUCAGCUGGGCAUGUGGCAACAACAGUGGCCGCAACUCACGGCCGGAUUCCUGGCCAGCGCCAAUCAGCAGGCGGCCUUGGCAUUGGCGGCGGCGGGCGCCAAUCGAACGCCACCCCCUCCAAUGGCGGUGGCGCCUCCCGCCCCUGCCACGCCCACAUCCUCAUGUGGAUCGGCGUCACCGGAUUUAAGGGCAAGACCCCAACUGAGUCACUAUCCUCAGCGAUUCAGUCCCUAUCAGGUGCCCCAGCAUCAGGCCUCGCCACCAGCCUCAAAUAGGGCGGAAAGUCCUUAGGAUACCACUGUUAAAACACCCAACUAAACUUAACUAAACCACCCUAAACACCACCCAUUCCCCUCUUUGCCCCACCCAAAAAAAUACUUUGAUGUGGUCUUUAAGUAUGUAAAAAUACCAAAUCCUAAAGAUAUCACAAUCAAACGAUGUAAUCUGUGCAAUAAUCAAUCAAUCAAUCUAUAUUGAAAUCAAAAUAUCAAGAAUAAAAUAAUCAAAAUGAAUGAUUUUAAAAAGAUAUCAAAAGAAGUACAUACUUCCAUCAUAAAAAUGUGUCAAUGAGGAUUUUUUAAUGUAUUUAUUAUUUGUGAAGUGCAAUAAUACAAUGAUUUUAUUAAAGAUUUUACUUUUUCAAAAACCAAAUUUAGUAUUUAAAUACCAGGCAGAUAAUUGAAGUUUCAAGAUCAAAAUAUUCUAAUAAAAUGCCGCAGUUUCAAAAGACUUAAAGACCACACCAGAAUAUCGAAGAAAUGUAUGUGCAAUGUUGUUGAACAAAAAAAGAAAAGAAAACCCUUUGUAAAUAACCCCGAAAAUGUAGCUGCAACAUCCAAAGAAGCAUUCGAUGUUGCAUGUGAUGCUAAGCUAGAAGACCGUCUUAACCGGUUUCACUGUAUUGUAAUUUUCGUAGCAUUAUAACAGUAUUAGUUAAUUUAAUUAGGCCUAGCAGUAUGCAUACCCCACUUUUUGCUGUGUUUUUUGUUGUCGUCCCCAUGUGUUCCUAAAACUGCAAAUUAUUGUGAGAAUUCCACGCUGAAUUAAAUCCUCUAGACACUCCCCUACCCAAAUGCAAAAACCAAUUACUAUAAACACUUAUUUAAAUUAUGUGCAAAAACAGAGCGAGAAGGAGCGAAAAUGAAUAAACAAUUUAUAACACAAAGCGAA